CAGGAUUAUUAUUGCUAUUGAGAACCCUCAGGAUAUCGUUGUUCAGUCUGCUAGACCAUGUAGUCAGCGAGCAAUCUUGAAAUUUGCCCAAUAAACUGGUGCUAAUGCAAUUGCUGGAAGGCACACUUCUAAGAGGUAUUUACAUAAUUAACCUUGGCAAGACAUGGGAGAAGCUCCAACUUGCUGCUAGGAUUAUUGUUGCAAUUGAAAACCCGCAGGAUAUCAUUGUUCAGUCUACUAGGCCAUAUGGUCAGAGAGUUGUCCUUAAGUUUGCACAAUACACUGGUGUGAAUGCAAUUGCUGGAAGGCACACUCCUGGAACAUUCACUAAUCAAAUGAAACAUCCUAUAACGAGCCUCGUCUACUCAUUCUGACUGAUCCAAGGACUGAUCAUCUGGUGC